AUUAGCGUUUGCACCAAUAUCUGAUUUCGGGAUUUUAGAGAUUGUGAUGAUUGUUUGCACGUUUUCACAUCACCAGACGAAAUCACGUAUCGAGAUAUACAGACAAUUUAAUUCAUUUUGGUUAGUAUCUUAUGCUUUUGGAUGUUCAUUUUCAACAUUAUAAAGGUCAACUAGUAGUGAGUGCUCAACAAUAGUAAAAUAACUAAUACACUGUGUUGCACAAUACCUCAAUUGGUUGGACACGCUCACCCUUUACAGGUAAACAGAAACAAAUAAAAUACAUGGCAAGCCUUUGUUCUUUUCAGGUUUUAUUUGAACCAAUUGCAAAUAUUAGACAGUCAUUGCUCCCUAGACAUGUCCAUACUUAUGUUCCAAGGUGAUUUAUGUUUGAGCUGACACCAAUGGAGUGGAAUGUGUAGCAUAUGCUUAGGAGAGGAUGAUAUAAUCUCAUCUACAAUUUCUCCUGUACAUGCCUUAUCUAAUGACUGAAUGAAUAACUCAUUGUAUGGUCUCAUGCAGAUAUUCAUGGAGCCUUUAUAAGCUAUACAGGCAUUACAUCUUAUCAUCACCUCAACAAGGCAAUGGCAGUUCAGAGUGGAAAAUAAUGCCAAUGCUAGAGAUACUGAGACAUUAACAAUAUCACCAUAGAUAUUCUGUAUUUUAUUUUUAUUGAACCUUUAUUUAACUAGGCAAGCCAGUUAAGAACAAAUUGUUAUUUACAAUGACGGCCUACCCCGGCUAAACCCUCCCCUAACCCCAGACAACACUGGGCCAAUUGUGCGCUGUCCUAUGGGACUCCCGAUCACGGCCUGUUGUGAUACAGCCCGGGAUCGAACCAGUAGCAGUGUACAGCAUACCCUAGGAUAAUGCCAGAACCUAGAGUUUUUGAAAGAAAACGAUCAAAACAUGCCAUUUGGAACACAACAUUGAUUGAACUGGAUUUAUUAAUUCUUCUUCUAUCACAUUUUGGAGGGCUAUAGUCAUCUGUUUGGGAGAAUGUGUCUGAGGUCAGUGUUAUCCCAGAAUGGAGGAGCCUGUGUCACUGAGCCCUGAGCUCACCAACAUUAUUAAACCUAAUCCCAGAUCCACUCAAACAGAUUGAACCCUGUACAGGGACUCACCCCCUAGAGCUCAGGUACUGAGCUGGCAGGUGAAACUGGAAACAUCUGUCUUUCUUUUUAUAUACGAAUUCCAACCUGGACACUUUUUCUCCUUGACACCAUGGGCCGAGAUGGACUCUCGAUGGCGGUGACCCUCUUUUUCUCUGGCAUUCUCCUGGUGGCCGUCCUGGCACUGCUCUGCUAUUUCACCUGCAGGCUGGCUAGUGUGAUGCCGAUUGGUGGGCCCAACCACUUCUGAGCUUCACUCAGAGGAUAGACCUGCGCCUGUGGCACGACUCACUCUAGUUUGGGAUGUGGUAUGUGACGGUAGUCCCAGGUAACACUACGACCAUGACUUUUUUUCUCAUCAUCUGCUCAUGUCUGGCCUGGGGAGGCCUGGGGAAGCCUCAGUUUCCUGACCAAGAGAAAGAUCCUCUGUUCUGGAACACAUGGGCCCAGCGUACUUUGAAGAAUGCCCUCACACUUCAGAAGCUCAACCAAAACACUGCAAAGAACCUCAUCCUCUUCCUUGGUGAUGGAAUGGGCAUUCCCACAGUGACUGCAGCACGAAUACUGAAGGGGCAGCUGAGCGGACAGAGUGGAGAGGAGACCCAGCUGGAGAUGGACAAGUUCCCCUUUGUGGCGCUUUCCAAGACGUAUAACACCAAUGCCCAGGUAGCAGAUAGUGCAGGCACGGCCACAGCAUACCUCUGUGGGGUGAAGGCCAACGAGGGCACUGUGGGUGUGAGUGCAGCUGCUGUCCGUUCCCAGUGCAACACCACACAGGGUAAUGAGGUCACCUCCAUCCUAAAAUGGGCCAAGGAAGCAGGCAAGUCGGUGGGAAUAGUCACAACAACGCGUGUGAACCAUGCCACCCCCAGCGCAGCCUACGCUCACUGUGUGGACAGGGACUGGUUCUCUGAUGGCGAGAUGCCCGCUGAGGCAGUACAGGCGGGCUGCAAGGACAUCGCCAGGCAGCUCUUUGAGAACAUUCCCAACAUCGAUGUGAUUAUGGGAGGAGGGAGGAAGUACAUGUUCCCCAAAAACCAGUCAGAUGUGGAGUAUCCUGGCGAUAAGAAACAUUUUGGUACCCGCAAAGAUGGAAGGAACUUGGUGGAGGAGUGGACUAACAGAAUGAAAAACAAGAAAGCUCAAUAUGUAUGGAACAAGAGAGAACUUCUAUCAGUAAAUCCUAAUAAUGUGGAUUACAUUUUGGGUCUGUUUGAGCCGGGAGAUCUGCCCUACAACCUGGAGAGAAACACUGAUACAGAUCCUUCCCUGACAGAGAUGGUGGAGGUGGCCAUCAAGAUCCUGAGGAAAAACCCCAGGGGAUUCUACCUGCUGGUGGAGGGGGGGCGCAUCGACCACGGACAUCAUGAGGGCAAAGCCAAGCAGGCCCUACAUGAGGCAGUGGAGAUGGACCGGGCCAUCGGCCAUGCCGGCCUCAUAACCAGCAUCUAUGACACAAUGACUGUCGUCACUGCUGACCACUCUCACAUGUUCAACUUCGGCGGCUACACACCAAGAGGGAACACCAUUUUUGGACUGGCUCCCAUGUUGAGUGAUGUGGACCAGAAACCCUUUACCGCUAUCUUAUAUGGGAACGGACCAGGGUUCAAAGUUAUCAACGGUCUGAGAGAGAAUGUCUCCACCCUUGACUAUCAGGGAACUAACUACCAGGCCCAGUCUGCAGUGCCGCUGCGUAUGGAGACUCAUGGAGGAGAGGAUGUGGCUGUGUUUGCUAAGGGCCCCAUGGCUCAUCUGCUGCAUGGUGUCCACGAGCAGAACUACAUUCCCCAUGUCAUGGCCUAUGCUGCCUGCAUUGGCCAGAACAGAGACCACUGCAUGUCAUCUGGUAGAGCCUCUAGUCUCAGCCCUGCUCUGCCCAGCCUGGCAGCUCUUCUCACGCUCACCCGCCUCCUCUGCUGACCUUUCACCCCAACCCCCAUCCUGCACCCCACAGCCCCCUCCUCUCCUUAUACAUGUAAUACUCCCACAACCUUUUUCCUGUUGUAAUGGGGAUCUUUUUGUGUGGGGAUUUUCUAUUGUUGAUUUAAAAAAAUAAUAAUGUCCAGUUGAAUGACUUUGGGACCACUGUAAUGGCAUUUAAAGAUGAGUGUGUUGAGCGUUGGUGACGUUCAACCAGAUUCAGUUUUAGAGUAAAUAGGAGGAUAUCACUUUCACUCUACUGUAACAUAUAGGAUAGGUUGUGUUACUCAACUUUGGCAUUGUCCAUCAUUCUGGUAACACCGAAACUAUUUCAAGAGUUCUGUCAUAUCAGUGGGUUUAACAGAAGGGUAUCACUCUUCUGAUAUCAAUUAUUGUAUGGAAAAAAUGACCUCCCAGUAUUAAUGAAUAAGCAAUGUUGCUGCCCACCUAUUUGUUUUCUGUCAAUUGUAGGACUUUGGAUUAAUCAACUUUUUAAAGAAACCAUUACUUUUUAGAAACCUACUGUAAAGGGAUCGAUUUUUAUAUGAAUAUUUUAUUUCAUCCACUCCCUCGACCUAAAACAGAAGACAAACAGUAAACAGAAUCUACCUCAUCAUUUUUUUGGGGGGGAGAAGUGAAAACAUUGCAAUGAGGAAAGUAGAGGCUAUAUUUGAAUGUAUAGUUUAAACUUUUUUUAUUAUUGAAAUGGUAUGUAAUUCCAUGUUCUUUGUACAUACUUCCCGAAGGCAUUGAAUGAAAAGAGUCAGAAACACACCCACCAGUAUUUCCAAAAACAGAAGUUGUGGCAAGAUCCCUUAGCCAAUAAAGGAAGUCCUGUUGAUUUUUCAUAA